AUGUUGGAUGUUGGAUGUUGGAUGUUGGAUGUUGGAUGUGUUGGAUGUUGGAUGUUGGAUGUUGGAUGUUGGAUGUUGGAUGUUGGAUGUUGGAUGUUGGAUGUUGGAUGUUGGAUGUUGGAUGUUGGAUGUUGGAUGUGUGGAUGUGUGGAUGUUGGAUGUGUGGAUGUGUGGAU